AUGGUGAGCUCACUAUACCUCCCAGAAAUCCUCAUCACUACGAUUGUUGAUAUGGAGUCAUGCAAAGUCGCCGUUAUUGGCCUAGGCACUACAGGGCCAUUGGGUUUAGUCACUCUCAAAAAUUUCCUGGAGAAGGGAUUCGAAACAAUAGGCUUCGAAAAAGGGGAUGUUGUUGGCGGUUUAUGGAACUUUAGGGAUGACGACCAGACCACUGUCCUUGAAAAUACGCCGACGUUUCCAGAAGCUCGACAUAUUCAGAAGUAUCUCCAUGAUUAUUCCUCCCACUUCGACCUGGAGAGGCACAUCCGUUUGCGAACUGAGGUUCUUGAUCUCACCUUCAACGAAAAUGAUAUGAAAUGGACGGUCCAAACACUGCACUAUGGGGAAACCACGUCUCAAGCCUUUGACAAGGUAGUCCUUGCCACUGGUAUUAACAAGCUACCACUGAUUCCUGACAUUGGCGGCCUGGAUGAGUUCAAGGGCGAGGUCAUCCAUAGCGGUGGGUAUAAGAGGCCAGCUUCGUUGAAGAACAAAACGGUAUUGGUUGUCGGUUUGUCAAACUCUGCAGUGGACACUGCAACAACGCUGGUCGGCCACGCGAAACAUGUUUACAUAUCGCGUCGACACGACGCAUUUGUACUCCCGCGGUUCAUUGAAGACAAGCCCAUGGACCAUACAUUCAACCACCGAAAGAGCAUCAUCUUCGGGGCAAUGCAACACCUCGCCCCAACCAUAGCCGGCAAAAUGAUGCGAAAAUUUCUCACAGCCACGACCUAUAAAGGCUUUCCAGAGAUGCCUGACGAUUGGGACUUGAGCACUGCUCCGCUGCCCACUCGUACACCGCCCAUCAUCUCGGAUACGGUGGUGACAGAAAUAUUGAAAGGCAACAUUACGCUGGUGAAAGCCCUCAAGAAGGUGACGGGUCCAAAUACUGUCCAGUUCGAUGACGAUAGUCAGCUUGAAGUUGACUCUAUCGUCUUCUGUACGGGAUACAAGGCAGAUUACAGUUUGGCAGGUCAGUAUGAUCCAACAUUGGAACAGCCUGAGGCUUGGAAAUCAUCACCCGGAUCCAACUGUCGUGCAUUGCCAAGACUGUACCGGAAUAUUUUCUCUCUGAAGCUACCGCAUCAUCUGGCUUUUAUGGGGGCUAUUGCAUUCCCGUCUCCGGCAUUCCAAUUAUAUGAUUUGGCCUCCAUGGCUCUGGCACGAACCUGGGCAGGGCAAUACGAACUCCCAACCUCGCAGCAUAUGGCUGCGCAAGUCCAGAAACAGCAUGACUGGCUUGUGUCUCUCUCUGCGGAAGGGACCGUUAUUCCAAGUUGGGUGAAUGGAGCUGAAUGGAUGGCCUGGGCCGAUGAGGCGGCAGGCUCGGAUGUCUUUCCUCAUAUAGGCUACGGACUCAAGGGAUGGGCGUUUUGGUUACGAGACCGACAGCUGUCAAAGAUCUUGAUGGAUGGCAUUCCCAGCCCACAUCAGUUCCGCUUGUUUGAUAAUGGCCAGAGGAGGGCAUGGAGUGGAGCAAGGGAUGAGAUUUUGCGAAUAAAUAUUACAGAUGUAGCUGAACAGAGCUAG